UCAUGUACAGAUCCCAAACGGAUGGCGAGGGAGUCGCGAGCAGCGAAUCCAGCUCGGUAGCAAGAGGCGGGGAUGUUACCUUCAGCAAGAACCACCAAACCUCCAUCGAGGACCUUUCAGGUGAAGACCCAGAGACGAGGCGCUUGCGGACUGUGAAAAACAUUGCGGACCUGCGCCAGAACCUGGAGGAAACCAUGUCCAGCCUGCGAGGAACUCAGGUCACACACAGGUACGCAACUGCUCUCUUUUAA